GUCCGCCCUGCACAACGCAAUCCUGAUAGGCGCUAUCACGAGCUGGCGGACUGACUUCCUGUCCUGUCCACCCAGGGCGCUGAAUGACGGAAUCCAAUGCGAAGCCAGUCCUCUAUAAACGUGCAUACUGCAGUUUGCAGUUUCCAGGGGCUCUGACAGGACCGAGUUGACAGGACUGAGUGUGGUUGUUUUGUGUGGUUGUGUGUUCAUGAGCAGAAACUAAGGACUGAACUGUGAGCGUGUGACUUGCGAGUGUUCUGAUGGUGGGCUAUUUACUUUGGUAGCCUGAAACGAAACCGUGUGCUGUGAAGAGUAGUUGUUCUGUAAACACGAUUGGGCCGCUACAGCUAUCGCCUACCGCUGUAAAUAUGUUCAAACACGUCCGCUUUACACCCCCGGACCCGCUGAUGGCCGACCCUGCCGGCCGAGCUCGUCCCAAGCUGGGCAGCUUCGACGCCUCGCGGCCGGGCCUGUUCGCUCCGCGUCCCUUCAACCGCGACACUCUGCUGCAGCGCGAGCGACGCUCCUCGGACGGCGCCUCGUGCACCUCCGAGGAGGACCGGCACUCGCAGACGAGCUCCACUGGCAGCUGUGGCGAGCCAGAGACCCGUGCGCCGCCGUCGGGUCAGUCAUCCAGCGCGCCGCGGGAGCGCAUCAUACCCAUCCGCCUCGAGGGAGACGAUGAGGAGGAAGCAUCCAAAGAUCCGCCGCCGCAGCGGCCUCUGAGGAAGCACGAGAGACGUGAUACCGUUGAUGGAGCUGGUGUGGAGACGUCCGUUAAGGGAGGUGAGCCGCGUGACGCUCGCGCACAGAGCUGUCCAGUGGUCACUCCAGCGGAGAAUGUCAACACACUCGGCAAGAGCGCGACCAAGUUCGCUCCGCUGAAAGUGAAUGAGGCGCUGGCAUCGCAGCAGCGAGAGGCGCAGAGUCCGGGAGGAAGGGCUAGCUACCAGAAUAUGUCACCGAAGCCUUUCUCACCCGGGGCCAGGCCGUUCAAGUCGUCCAGUUUCGGCAUGUUCGGAUCGCCGACUCGCAGCGUGGACCUGCCGUUCGGCCGCGGAGUCGAGAGCACUGCCCCUCGUCCGCCGCCCGUACCGCCCAAACCGAGCGCUGCUGAAAUCCACGCAGCCCGACGGCAGACUACACAGCAGAACCCAGGCCAGACGCACAGCCAGCAGAAUCAGCAGCAGGAGCAGAGCACAUCGCAGCAGGCGCAGCAGCAGCAGCAGGCUCAAGAGCAGCCAAAGCCUCAGCAGCCCAUCUCUGCCAAAGAUACAGCGCUCAGUAAGAUCGCCACUAUUCGUAGUGACCUGGAUCCGGUGAACCGUCGCCUGGAAUCCUUCAACGGCUGCCGGGGGGACAAGGAGUACCUGUUCCUCGACGAAAUGCUGACCCGCGGCCUCCUCAAGCUGGACGGCCUGGAUACUGGAGGCGACGCCGACGUCAGGACCGCCCGCAAGGAGGCCGUUCGGAGCAUCGAGGAAAGCCUGAGCACCCUGGAGCGGCGGUCGGCCGGCCGGGACAACCCCAGCGCCGCGGACAUCCAGAAGAGCGCCAGCGUGGUGGUGGUGAACGGGGUGAGGAUGAGCGCCCGGGAGGCCGAGGAGAUGGACCGGAGGGCCACCUCGGCACCGCCCCAGGGCCUGGCGCGCGCCGAGCCGGUGGUGGUGACCGGUGACCCCGCCGAGGAUAACACCUCUGUAAAGAGGAGAGUCAGUGCUGAGGAGAUGGGCCGCAGGUAGUGAGCUAAGAGUUAAGAGAAACGGAUACUCGUGAGGCUACUUCACCUCACGUCAGAACUUGUGGUGGUGUCUUUUGUAUAUAAUGUCCUCCGCUCACUGCAAGAGCUCGUGGUGCCCCUCUGGAAGAUGUUCGAGAUGUCAUAAAGGUCCUGGUGACAAUGCUCUGGAAAGGCGCGCAUCUUGAAAAGAGGAGUGAUGUGUUCAGAGACUGGAGGGAGAAAGACUCCAUGACGAAAGAAACGUACUUGUAGUACCAAGAGUCUGUUGUUUAUAUAUGGCAGUCAGUUGCAACUGACCGAUGAUGUUGAUAAAUUCCCAAAAUUUGUUUACUUCUUGUUGUACUUAGGAUUGUGAAUUAUUUGAUAAAGCAGUGUUCGUUAAAGUUUUGAAGACACCGCUGAACUUUUUCUUCAUGGUGCGCUUACACUUUAAAUGUAAGAGUGGUUAAGCAAAGGAAUUGAACAGAGUGCUAUGAUAGAUUGUCUGUUACUUCUUUGAGGCGAAUCAAAGUUGCGCAUAAAACAGUCAAGUGUACUCAGGCUAAGCUAUAGCACUGUUACUUGCUUAUCGUAGCGGUCGCAUGUAAUGAGUUUUUAUGACUCACGUUUUCCGUUUUACAAUAGCAUGCCUCUAAUGGAAAAUAAUGCUAAAACGUAGACGAAAAACACUAAUCACAUUCCGUAAAACAUUUCCAGCUGACGGCACAGACCGUUACCAGCCAGCUAAUGAAAGACACAAAUGUCUUCAUGCCUUCGUGUUGUGACAGUGUGGCUGUAAUGCCGAGGCGUCUGUUGUAAAUAAAUGUCCGGUGUGAUUUGGAAUAUUUAAGUGCUGACUGCUGACAGGGCCAAACUUGUAUUUGAGAACGUAAUAUUAGCUAGCACUUACGAAACUACAACAGCGGUGUUCAAUUUAUAAGGUCUGUCUUGCACUCGCCCUCGCCUAGACACUGUUUUUGAAUACGAUUGCAAAUAUUCGGAGAGCGGCGACGCUCUGACUUACUCUAAGUGUCACAGCUUCAUUAUUUUCCGGGCACGUUAGGUGCAAUCACUGUGUUUCGUGAGUUGCUUCUAAGCAUGGGUGUGGAACAAAUGUGCGGUAAGGUUAUACUUGGGAAACGCGUUGUCGAAUGCUGACUGUAAAAUGCUCACACGUGUGCGUUGUUGAUGUUUUUGCAACAAUGUGGCUGAAAAUAGGUAUGCUCGAAAAGGUAGAGGUGAAAAUCUAUGUCUUUUUUACCUUUUUGAACUCCUACUUCCAUGGUUAAAUUAGUUGAUACAUAUGUCGUAAUUAUAUUGAAUUGUACAUGUUAUUUUACAAUAGACAGGUUCGACCGCCAACGUGAAAGACUCAUGAUAUGAAUUCUGGAUGUGCCCGAUGUGCCUUUCUGGAAUGUGGUAUGAGACCGCCCUCAAAUCUAGUCUGCAGGCGUCAGGCGUAGUGACUGGGCCCUGGCGGAUCGCACUGUUGUAAUAUAUAGAAACUUUCGGUGACCGGACUGAUGUUUUCACGGUGUAAAUAAAUAUAUGAUUAAUGG